AUGAAGACCAAAGGGUCAAAUUUGAAUGCUGCAUCUAUUGCAGCAGGUUCUGUCAAACCGCAGCAAGGUACUAUCAACGCGCAACAGACAAAUCCCAUUCAAACACCACAUCCAACAGAUUCGUACAUACCAAGCCAUCUAUCCGAUUUGAUUCCAGAACUCAACUCAUACCAAGAACUGUUGGAAGCUGAAAAGAAACUGGAUAUUUAUAUGACAAGGAAAAAGAUUGAUCUUUACCAGAGUGUAUCGCAAUGGAAUAACUCAAAACAUUCUGAAACAGCUUUCUCUCAUUACAACAAGGAUUCUGUUAAUUAUUUACGUAUUUUCAUCUCAAACACUGCCGAGAAUCAACCAUGGCAAGAUCCAAAUGGGGACAUUUCGAAUGCCACGUGGACUAUGAGAGUCGAGGGUAGAUUACUAGAUUCUGCUGUUGCUGACAACGCUGCAAGACCCAAGUUCAGCUCGUUUAUCCAAGAUAUAGCCGUGGAUUUCAAGAAGACAAGCGAUAAAGAGGAGAACGCGGAACAGAAAGAAAGUUCUGUGGACUCUUCUUCAGUCAGUCAGACUCCAAUGGGUCUAACAUUACCAUUACAUCUACCGGAAUUAACACAGCAACAAAAUACAAAGUCAGAGGACAAUAACGCUGUGGAUGAGGAAAGCAACAUUUAUGAUGCUGUGGAAUGGCAUUUUGACCCAAAAAAUCCCGUUGAAUUCGAUGGUUUAGAUAUUAAGAGAUCAGGUUCACAAAAUGUAGAAUGUACCGUUACAAUUCAACCAAAGGGCUACACGGGAGCCUUCUUACAAUACUCUCCAGAAUUAAGCUUACUUAUUGGUAAAUCCCAAGGGUCAUUACCUGAUGCCGUAUAUGCUUUGUAUAAGUACAUCUUAUUGAAUCAUCUUUUGAUCAACGAUGAUUCCACAUCAAAAGGUCACGAAUCAAUGACGAACGGUGAAAGAACGAUAGUGGAAGUUAAUGAUGGCUUGAACAGUUUAUUGCCAGCAGCAAAUGAAAAACCAACUACUUUAAAAUUGUCCGAAAUUCCACCUCUAAUUAAUUCACACAUUUCACCAAUAAAACCAAUAAAGGUAGAUUAUACAAUUAGAGUCGAUAAGGCCUCUACGUAUGGCAAAUUAGUCUUCGAUAUCGAAGUACCUGAUUUGGCCAUGCAAUCGAAGGCUCCUGUCGAUGAACUAGGCAGAGAAGGCAGAUCACUAUUAACCGAAAUAGAUAAAUUAACAGCCGAGUUGAAUCCAAAACUACAAGACUUGGAAAAACAAAUAAACAACUAUCAAUUACAGCUAAAUUUAAACGCCAACAAGUACGGCUUCUUCAAGAAAUUAUCUGAAGACCCAGCUCUCGUUCUAAGAGAAUACAUGGAAUCUUCAUCGAAUGCUUUGAAAGUCCUUUCCGGUGACGAGGGCUACAACGAGGAUACCGUUAGACGCUCCCAAUUUUACAAGGAUAACGAAGCAAUGCUAUUUGAAAAUCUCGGUAUCUUACUAUCUAAUGGUAGGAUCUAA